AAUCAGCGAUCCAUUGAUCUUUGUCGUCCUUGCUCAAACCAAAAAUUAACAGAAGCAAAGAUUGAGCUAUGCAAGGCCCUAACACUAGCACUAGCAGCACCAAGUCCUUCAAGCAAGUUUUCCUCAAGAACUUGCUCCACAGCCUCGCCUGCCUCCACGCACACACGAGCACGACCGCCAUGAGCGUCCACGACCGGAAGCUCGCCGUCAAGUCCGCCGCCGACGUCGCCAUGGCCGCCGCCCGCUCCUCCUCCGGCGCCGGCGAUGUCGGCGCCGCCCGGUGGCCCAAAGCCAUCCUCUUCUCGGCCUCCGGCGCGUGCAAGGCGCGGAGGUCGUGCCGCCGCUGCCGCCGCUGGAAGAGAUCAUCGGCGAGUGGCGCCAAUGGCGUUGCUGUCGAUGAUGAUGUUGUUGCGAGGAGGAUGCUGAGGAAGAAAGCCAUGGCGCUGAGGGAGGUGAUACCCGGCGGCCGGGACGCCGCCGACAUGGAAGACGAAGCUUCCUUGCUUAAGGAGGCCAUGGACUACGCCGUCCACCUCCGCGCCCAGGUCGACGUGCUCCGCCGCGUCUCGGAAGUAGCCGCCGUGCAAAGAUCCGGCUAGCCAGCUCUCUGUGUCUAUGUCAAUGUGCGCAUCAAGAAAACUAAGGAGCUACUUAUAAUUAAGUGUGAGAGAAUGUUGCAUGGUUGCUUUCAGAAGACGGCGGUGUUGCCAUUGUCUUGUUCUUCUGAGGGUCUAACCAGAAGUUCUUGUAGACCAGCAAAGGAACUGGUGACUUGAGUUGCAAAACUUUAGUUCACUUGUGGUGACUCGUUGCAAGUAAAAAUAUAGAUAAGUGUGAAACGUUCUUGAAAUCAUCCGUGCUUGUGUUGUUUGAUUUUGAGAUCUGUUGCUGCAUUCAGCAGAAAAUUCGGUAGAAAUUCGAUCCCACUGCUUGCAAGGAAAUGUUCACGUUUUUUUAUUUAUACAUCAGUGGCAAUGAAAUGUAUGACAACAAGUGUUAGUUACCAA